AUGCCGUCCAGUGAAUUCGGCGAGAAUCUGGGUUGUUCCAUAAGAAGGCAUUGCAGAGCCGACCCAUCGCUACUAGCACUGCCCCUGGGGGUUGCAGAGCCUGAAGCCAAUACAAUGUUAGUGGAGCAUCGGGAGUUCAAGUGCUUUUCAGUUCCGCGGGGCUGUCCUAAGAUCACUCAUCUCAGUUAUGCAGAUGACGUCCUGGUUUUUUCAGGUUCUUCAUCCUCUUCGCUGAGAUGUGUUAUGCAGAUUAUUGAGAACUAUGGAGCAGUUUCGGGGCAGGAGAUUAAUGUUCAGAAGUGCGGGUUCAUGGUGCAUGCUAAAUUGCCUAGUCACUGUGUGGCAAGGGUUCGACGGGUAACUGGGUUUGGUCUUAAGUCGUUUCCCGUGCGUUACUUGGGUUGUCCGCUUUUUGUGGGGCGCCGAAAGUGCCUAUAUUUCAUGGAGCUGGUACAGUCAGUUAUUUCUAAAGUUUCAUCAUGGAGGUCCAGCUUUCUAUCCCAUGGGGGUCGGAUUGUACUCAUCAAACACGUGCUUUCAGCAAUCCCAACUCAUUUAUUGGCAGAUUCAUGUCCUCCGAAGGGAGUUCUAGCCUUAGUUGAACGGGCUAUGGCAAAUUUUCUCUGGGGGGAACGGGAAGGUGGCCUCCGACAUCAUUGGAUUAAGUGGGCAGACCUGUGUGCCGACUCGUCACAGGGCGGGGUUGGUGUUCGAUCGCUACUGGAUGUUCAUACAGCAUUCUCGCUCAAAUUGUGGUAG